AUGAACGGCGUCAUUAUCGGCCUGCUCUCGUCGUUUGGCUCCGCCAUUUUGAUAGCUCUGGUCUUCCUUAUCGUCUACUUCUUCCGCUACACAAACUCGGGCCGCAUCUUCCUCGACCGUAUCGGGCGACCUGGCGAAUAUGACGACGAGCAAGCAUUUGCCCGGGAGGAGGCUGAGGCGCUGGAGACGAUGGACGAUCUGCAGAGGACGGAAUACUUGAGAGCAAAAGGCCGCGACACAGCAUUCAUUCAAGGAAACCCGCCAGAGUCGGUACAAACCGAAAUCUCCCUCUCACAAUACCUAGCCAUCCAGGAGAAGGGUGUUUCGGCCUGGGAGUUCGAACCGGAACUUGAGAUCGCCAACUGCUUCGUUGAAGGCCGGACCGAGAUCGAGUUCUUCGACUCCGAGUGCACCGUCAUGAGCAACCUGCCAGUACCCAAGCAAAAUGAGGUCUACUACUGGGAGGCAAAGAUCUACGAGAAGGCCGACAACACGCUGUUGAGCAUCGGCAUGGCCACGAAACCGUAUCCUCUGUUCAGGAUGCCUGGAUUCCACAAGUACUCAGCCGCGUACACGUCAACCGGUCAUCGACGCCUAAAUCAGCCUUUCAACCCUACCUCGUAUGGCCCGGCAUACGUGCAGGGUGAUGUUAUCGGAGUUGGUUACCGACCUCGAACGGGGACCAUCUUCUUCACCCGUAACGGCAAGAAGCUGGAGGAUGUUGCACACGGAUACAAGACACCAAACUUCUUCCCAUCAGUGGGUGCCAAUGGCCCCUGCAUCGUGCAUGUGAACUUUGGUCAAGCUGGAUUCGUCUUUAUCGAGGCCAACGUCAAGAAAUGGGGUCUGGCCCCCAUGACGGGCAGCCUAGCUCCCCCGCCACCAUACGGUAGCGAGCAAGGCAGCAUCUUGCUCGAGACGGGGCGGCGGAAAGACGAGUACUCCGGGUCGCCAGCUAGGGGCCACAGCUAUUCCCACUCGGUUCAGACGUACAACCGUGGCUCCCCCUUGGACGUUGGACACACAAGGACGAGAAGCGGCAACUACAGAGUACUUCCGCCGACAAGUCCUGGGCCGCAGCGAAGCCCUACCGACAUCUCGCUUGCUCAGUUGGUUCCGUCCGAUGAGGCGGGCGAAGCUAGUCACCAUGCCGCCGGAUCUUCCGGCGAUCACGUGGUGGAUGUGGUCGGUUUAGGACUCCACGAAGCCGCCCAUCCGCCUCCGGAAUAUACCAGCCCCGAGUCGUCAGAUGGGGAGGAGUCGCGGAGCAGCUCGGAGAGCGAGAGGGUGCCUUUGAUCCGCGGCCCACGAAGUCGCGGGGUGUCAGCCGCCACCCUGAGGCCCUCGAACCAACCCCCGAUUCCAAGCUAUAGCGAUGCUAACAAGGACGCGUCCUUCACGUACGUGCACCUGGGCGCGGCGCGGCACGCGGACCUGUUCGAGGACUUCUGCCAGCCGGCGGCGCGGCUGCCCGACGACGACGUCUACGUGCCGCCGCACCACCAGCCCCUCAACCCCGAGGACGAGGACGACGUCGUGCCCGACCAGCACGCCGCCUUCGGCAUCCAGAAGGCCACGGGCCGCGGCGCCGCCGGCGCCCGCGACCCCGUCUGGCGCGACCUCGGCCUCGCCGCCCUCAUGGCCCGCGGGCCCUCGUCCUCCUCGGUGGCCGCCGCCUCGGCCAGGAACGGGGCCGCGUCGGGCGCGGGGGGCUUGGCGGCUAAGGCUGGGUUGGGACGCGGAUUGCCGAGGUGA